AGCCUCUGAAUGUGCUUCUUUCUUCUCUCUCUCUCUUUCUUUCAUCUUCUUCUCUCUUCCUUAUCACUUGAUUUAUAUCAGACAACAAAACUUCUGACAAUGGAAGCAGUCAAAUUCUCGAAUAUGUCAGGCCUUCUUAUACUGUUAAUGUCACUGCCUCUUUUAGUGACUUCAAAGGACCAAACUGUUUCUUGCACAAUGUGUUCCUCUUGCGACAAUCCAUGUAAUCCUGUCCCAUCUUCUUACUCUCCUCCUCCUCCUCCGCCUUCAAGCUCCGGUAGCGGUGGAUCGUAUUAUUACUCUCCUCCUCCUCCUUCAAGCUCCGGUGGUGCUAAAUACCCGCCUCCGUACGGCGGCGACGGCUACGGUGGCUACUAUCCGCCUCCUUACUACGGCAAUUACGGGACGCCACCACCGCCGAAUCCGAUCGUUCCUUAUUUUCCGUUUUACUAUCACACUCCUCCUCAGGGAUAUUCUGGCUCGGCUCGUUUACAGGAUUCUCUCCUCUUUGCUCUGUUCGCCGUCCUGCUCUGUUUUGUGUGACGGAGAUUUAUCUGUAUUUAGCCGGGAAAUGUACGGCGUACAACUGAAAUAUCUUUUUUACUUUUUAACUUUUUUUACAUUUUCGUUGACAAUUUGUAUUUAAUAUAUCUUUUCGAUUAAU